CUUAGUCUUCAAUCUCUAUUAUUCUUCGUCUUUGUUCUUCAAAUCGUCUUCGAAUUAUGUCUGGAAUCUUCAGAUUUAGUGGUGAUGAAGAUUUUUUCCUUGGGGGAUCGAUGUAUCUAUCGCCAGGGAGCUGUCCCGGCGUGUAUUUCCCAGCGCGUAAGAGGUUACGUAUCGCUGCGCCUACGGUUUUCAGCGGUUUCGAGGAGAAGCAAACGUCGAUCGAUGUAUUGCCAGAUGAGUGUUUAUUUGAGAUUCUCAGACGUUUACCUUCUGGAGAAGAGAGGAGUGCUUGCGCUUGUGUUUCCAAGCAUUGGCUUAAUCUUUUGAGUAGUAUCACUAGGAGUGAAGUGAAUGAGUCAGUUCAAGAUGUUGAGGGUGAAGGGUUUUUGUCAAGAAGUUUGGAAGGUAAGAAGGCGACGGAUUUGAGGUUGGCAGCGAUUGCGGUUGGGACAUCGAGUCGAGGAGGGUUGGGGAAGCUUCAGAUUCGUGGGAGUGGUUUUGAUAGUAAAGUGACUGAUGCUGGUCUUGGAGCAGUUGCUCAUGGUUGUCCAUCUCUUAGGGUUCUUUCUCUUUGGAACUUGCCUGCUGUUAGUGAUAUGGGUUUGUCUGAGAUCGCACGGUCAUGCCCGAUGAUUGAAAAACUUGACCUUUCUCGAUGUCCAGGAAUAACUGACAAUGGUUUGGUUGCAAUUGCUGAGAAUUGCAUGAAUCUGAGUGAUUUGACGAUUGAUUCGUGCUCUGCUGUUGGGAAUGAGGGUUUAAGGGCUAUUGCUAGACGUUGUAUCAAUCUGAGAUCAAUCUCUAUCAGGAGCUGCCCACGUAUUGGAGAUCAAGGUGUUGCCUUCCUCUUGGCCCAAGCUGGUUCUUACUUGACGAAAGUGAAACUCCAGAUGCUGAACAUAUCUGGUCUGUCUCUUGCUGUUAUUGGUCACUAUGGAGCAGCUGUUACUGAUCUUGUGCUUCAUGGCCUUCAAGGUGUGAAUGAGAAAGGCUUCUGGGUUAUGGGAAAUGCGAAAGGGCUGAAGAAACUGAAGUCUCUCUCAGUAAUGUCGUGCCUAGGCAUGACUGAUGUUGGGCUUGAAGCUGUUGGAAAUGGUUGCCCUGAUCUGAAGCAUGUCUCUCUGAACAAAUGCUUGCUUGUUUCUGGUAAAGGACUUGUCGCUUUGGCCAAAUCUGCAGUGUCACUGGAAAGUUUGAAACUUGAAGAAUGCCACAGGAUCAACCAGUUUGGUCUUAUGGGUUUUCUCAUGAACUGUGGGUCAAAGUUGAAGGCUUUCUCUUUGGCAAACUGUCUGGGCAUCAGUGACUUCAACUCUGAAUCCUCUCUGCCAUCACCCAGUUGCAGCUCUUUACGUUCUCUGUCAAUCCGAUGCUGCCCUGGGUUUGGUGAUGCAAGUCUCGCUUUCUUGGGAAAGUUCUGUCAUCAGCUUCAGGAUGUUGAACUCUGUGGACUGAAUGGAGUGACGGAUGCAGGUGUGCGGGAGUUACUUCAGAGCAACAAUGUUGGUCUAGUGAAGGUGAACUUGAGCGAAUGCAUCAAUGUUUCAGACAACACAGUCUCUGCAAUUUCUGUUUGCCACGGACGCACAUUGGAGUCUCUUAACCUUGACGGCUGCAAGAACAUCACUGACGCAAGCCUUGUCACAGUAGCCAAGAACUGCUACUCAGUCAAUGACCUUGACAUCUCAAAUACUUUGGUCUCAGAUCACGGAAUCAAGGCUUUGGCAUCUUCUCCCAACCAUCUGAAUCUUCAGGUUCUCUCUGUUGGUGGCUGCUCAGCUAUUACAGACAAAAGCAAGGCAUGCAUACAAAAACUCGGCCGCACGCUUUUGGGACUAAACAUCCAACGUUGUGGCAGAAUCAGCAGCAGCACUGUGGAUACUCUUCUCGAAAAUCUAUGGAGUGUUCCUGUGAAUCCUGUCACUGAGUUCUGGUAAUCUAGUUUAGGGUUUAGUCUUGACCGUCUUUUUGGAGUUGUUGUCUCUCUAUGUUCAGUCAAGUUCUUGUAGAAAGUCCUUUGUUCUUUGGUUUAGGUUCGUGAUAGUGCCUUUUAUCUUCUUCCACUGUAGAGCUUUUGGCAAUGGCGGUGUAACUUAUUAGUCCGCCAUUACGACUCUUU